AUGGAUCCAUGGGCUCCAUUUUAUACGGAUCCAAUAUGCUCAGUGGGAUAUUUUCAUAUUGGAAACUAUGACACAUAUCUAUUGUUGAGACAUCAGGUUCAAAAUGUUUCUGAUGCCUUGGCCCAACUUUCUGUGAACCAAACUAAUACCCAUGGAUUCAUUCCUCAUCAGUUCCCACUGACUCAAUUCAUCAUGAUGUUCCGUUUCCUCAUUGCUCUUGCUCUCUUCUCCACUGUUUCUGCAGUUACCUUGGCUAUCUGUCAGAACUACUGUGCCUCUGUCAAUGGUGGAGCAUCUUAUGACAAUUGCUCUCCAUGGAUCAGUUUUGCCACUCAAACCAAUCAGACCUGCUACAAUCUCUGUGUCCAUAACUGUGCUGCUGUCUAUGAUGGAGCCUGUAUGACUGGAAAUGGAUACCGUUGCUGUCUUCCAACUACUCCAGCUAAAACCCAACAAUUCAAAGUCAGUGGAUGCAACAAACUUUAUAAUAACCUUGUCUAG